GUGCACGGCGUUCUGCGUUAAGCGUUAUGUUUUGUUUUGUCUUACUAUUACAGAUUAAAGAGCAAAUUAAACAGAAGCAAUAUACAUCAAUUGUUUUAUUAGAUAAAGUAUUAAUUAAGUAAAAUAUCAAAUUCAACAUUUUUUUCAGUAUAAAAUGAAUUACUGAUGUAAUUUCGUUAAAACCUACUUUGGUGCUUACAAAGUUAUCUAUGUGGUGAAGUUUUAUAAUUGUAUUUUGAGAUGGCUCAAAGAUUUCCUGCGAGUGGGCCAAGCCCUGGGCCUCCAACGAGCCCGAUGCCGCCACAGCAGCGAUACCCCGGCCCAGCACAGCCACCAGGCAGUCCAAUGCCACCAAGACCUUAUGCUUCCCCUAACUUUCCACAGCGCAGUGGAUUUACGCCGCCACCAGCUGGUGCAGGAACAGGGGGAGGUCCCCCUCGAGGUGUGCCAUCAUAUGGAGGAGGCUCUGCGCCGGGUCCAGGUGCUCCAGCACCACCUACUCCUUAUGCACCAUCUCCGAGGCCUUCAGUUCCACCACAACAAUCUAACAAGAGACCAGCAGAUGCAAGGCCCCCAAUGCCUUCACAACAACGUCCACAGCAUUAUGCAGGCGAGGGUUACGGCGGGGGAGCACCGAGUGGUGGAGGGACGGGCGCAGGGGCUGGCGGUAAACGUAAGAAGCGUCUUGCAGACAAGAUCCUGCCCCAAAAGGUCCGUGACCUGGUGCCCGAGUCGCAGGCCUACAUGGACCUUCUGGCUUUCGAGCGGAAACUGGAUGCGACCAUCAUGCGCAAGCGACUCGACAUACAGGAAGCGCUCAAACGACCUAUGAAGCAGAAACGAAAACUGAGGAUAUUUAUCUCUAAUACUUUUUAUCCUGGUCAGGGUGAGAAUGCUGUGGCUUCCUGGGAAUUGCGUGUCGAAGGACGGCUUUUGGAUGACACUAAGAACGAUCCUAAUAAGGUGAAACGGAAGUUCUCGUCCUUCUUCAAGUCGUUAGUGAUAGAGCUGGAUAAAGAUUUGUACGGACCAGAUAACCAUCUUGUGGAGUGGCACCGGACACUCACCACACAAGAAACAGAUGGUUUUCAGGUGAAGCGGCCGGGGUUCAAGAACGUUCGCUGCACGAUCCUGUUGCUGCUAGACUACCAGCCGCUGCAGUUCAAGCUAGACCCUCGCCUGGCGCGGCUCCUGGGCGUGCACACGCAGGCAAGACCCGUCAUCGUCAACGCGCUGUGGCAGUACGUCAAGACACACGAGCUGCAGGACCCCCACGAGCGCGAGUACAUCGUGUGCGACAAGUACCUGGAGCAGAUCUUCGGCAGUCCGCGGCUGAAGCUGGCCGAGAUCCCGGCGAGGCUGGCUCCGCUGCUGCACCCGCCCGACCCCAUCGUCAUCAACCACGUGAUCUCCGUGGAGCCGCCGCACGACGCCAAGCAGACCGCGUGUUACGACAUCGACGUCGAGGUGGAUGACACACUCAAGACUCAGAUGAACAACUUCCUGUUGAGCACCGCCAACCAGCACGAGAUACAGGGGCUUGAUGCCAAGAUACACGAGACUGUGGACACGAUCAACCAACUGAAGACGAACCGCGAGUUCUUCCUGAGCUUCAGCAAAGAGCCGCAACACUUCGUGCAAAAGUGGCUGCUGAGUCAGGCGCGAGACCUCAAGACGAUCAACGGUGCCGGCGCCGGCGGCAGCAGCGCGGGCAAUCCGGAGGAGGAGCGACGUGCGGCCUUCUACUCGCAGGGUUGGGCCGGAGAGGGCGUGGCGCGAUACCUGCAGCAGAGGGUGGCCGCCAGACGACGCGACACGGACGCCGCGCUGGCGGCCGCACGUCUGUGACCGGCCUUACAGUGUACUGCACGCACGACCUCCCCUCCCGUACCAUGUCACUAAUCAAAUAUCCUUUUCUUUAAUUCAUUUAUUCCAGUAGCCUUUGCAAAUUUCAUAAGUACAGUCUGCCAAACUACUACUAAGUAGUUUGUCUACUUACAAUUAAACCAUAUCUACAGUAUUAACCUAAAACCUAAUGUACAGCAUUAAACUUAUUUCGUAUUUAUAAAUUAACAUGGCAUUAGUAAAGUUAAAAUUAUAAAUAAAUUGUAUAUUAAAUAUUUAAUCCAUUUCAUGGGCACAGUGAGAGGUAAUGUUUUGUGAGAAUGCGUUUUAUAGAGGAAACAUCUUUUAGCAAAUACUGUGGCAGUUCAUUUAUGACAGUGGGCACUAGCCAGCGUGUUUCUCUUUUCCCAUAGUUAUUUUUUAAUAAUACUAGCCGUUCCCGCCCGCUUCGCUGGGCGAAUUUUAAAAGGAAAUAAAUUAAAUUUUAUUCACAAAUCAAAUAAGUAGCCAUAAACCAUCUGGGAUAAAUUUCGUAUCGAUGGUGAUGGUUUCAUAUCGGUACGAUCAGUGGGUUAGGCGUGAUUGAGGCUCAAACAAAGACCAAUCAGUGGUAGAACAUAGACCAUUUUCAUUUUAUAUAUAUAGAAGAAUAUUGUAAGCUGCACGUGUCUGUACAUUAAAUAUAUUUUCAAAAAAACUAACAGUAAAUACACAUUGUAUCUAUUUAUAUGUUACUUGACCAUUUUACAAAAAACAGUUGAGUUUAUUGAAAUAGUACGCUUUUUACCUGAAUUAGUAAACUUUCAUUUGGAAAUUUAUAACCUGCAGAGAUGAAGUGGGAUUUCCAUAAAAAAUUAAACACCAUAGUAGCAAUUUUGGACUAAACUUGAAAAGUUGCCAGAGCGCGCUUUUGUAUUAUAUUUUGUAAGAUUUUUUUUUUCUUAAUUAUUCACUACUACCGUGGACAUCAAUUUAUGUCAAUAUUUACUAUACAAUUACUACCUAUAAGAUUGUUAAAUAGGAACUGGUAUAGAAUAUUUAGGUAUAGACCUAACUAGUUGUAAGCUAAAUUUAUUAGUCAAUAAGUUUUAUUAUAAGUAAUUUCAUUAUUUGGUAUAUGAGAAUCAUUUGACUAUAAUUAUUAUAAUUAUACUUUUAAA